AUCCAUACCCCUAAUCGGUUUCUACGCGACGUCGUUACAGAAAGCUAAAUAAUAGCUUGGCGGCACCUCUUUAUCGGUGCCGUAGGUAACCAGUCACCACUGAAGCUUCCCACCUGACAAAGGACAAGAUAGUCCAGGCCCCAGUUCCAUGAGUUUGUCUUAUGUUUCUAUCCAAAUCAGCCAUGUCUAAGUCAGCUCUAGUGAUCCUUGCGCAGGGUGCUGAGGAAAUGGAAACAGUCAUCACAGUUGACAUGCUGAGGAGGGGUGGGGUAACAGUGACUUUGGCAGGUCUUGAUAGCAGUGAACCAGUGCUGUGUUCUAGACAGGUGACACUUGUGCCUGACAAGACACUGUCUGAUGCCCUUGCUGAAAAACAACAGUAUGAUGCUGUUAUUCUGCCCGGCGGUCUCGAAGGUUCUGAACGUCUCUCUAAAUCUAGUGUAGUGGGUACCCUGCUGCAAGAACACGAAAACACUGGCAAGAUUGUAGCAGCAAUCUGUGCUGCACCCACAGCAUUUGUGGCCCACGGCGUAGCUAAAGGCAAACGUGUGACGUCAUACCCCACCACCAAGGAUAAGAUUUCAUCAGACUACACCUAUGUGGAAGGAGAGAGAGUAGUUGUGGACGGCAACAUUGUUACGAGCAGGGGUCCCGGGACAGCUUAUUGGUUCGGUUUGAAACUGAUUGAGAUGCUAACUGGCAAGGAAACGGCCGACCAAGUUGAGAAGGGAAUGAUUAUAUCUGGCUACUAACCUGUAACAGAAUCCAAAAUGUUACAGCACCUAAUCUAAAAAAAAUAUGAUUAUAUAAGUGAAAAAGUGAUAAUUUA